GUCCGGCUGCUUCCUUUGUGUCUCAUCGUACGGGAUUGCGAGCCCCACCCGCCGCGGUCUGUGGUUGUAUCUUGUGUUUGUUUUAAUUUGGUUUGUUCGCCUUCUUACAGAGGUGAUCGGUAACAAGAAGGCCAUUGUAUACAUCAGCAACUCAUGGAGUCCAGCGAUGCGGAACAUGACGAGUGCUCCCCAGAGAUGCUUUCACCUCAUUUAGAAAAACCAAUGGAUCAUUGUGACUUAUCAAAAUCCCCCAGGACUUCAAAACAUCAUUAUUCAAGAUCACGCUCGCGUUCAAGGGAGCACAAACGAAAGACCGAUUAUGAUGGGAAGAAACACAGGAGUCGGAGCAGAAGCAAAGAGGGAAGAAGACACGAGUCUAGAGAUAAGUCAUCCAAGAAACAUAGGUCUGAUGACCACAUUGAUAAAGAACAUUCUGAAAAAAUGAGGGAGAGACUCAGUUCAUCUGAAAAUGGGGAGGAGAGGCACCGGCGAAAAGAAAAGAAGUCAUCCAAGGGGAGAAGUUAUUCCAGAUCUCGAUCACGUGAAAGGCGUCAUCGUAGUAAAAGCCGUGAGAAAAAAAGGUCACGUUCGAGGAGUAAGGAAAGGAGAAGACGCCCACGCACUCGUUCAAAUUCCAGAUCCAGACACCGGCAUCGAAGCAAGAGCCGCAGCAGAAGCAGAGAAAAAAAGAAAAGAAUUGAAAAACCUCGACGACACAGUAGGAGUCUAAGCCGGUCGGCAAGUCCCCCAGUUUUCCGAGGCCGAAACACUGCAAUGGAUGCACAGGAAGCCCUAGCAAGACGAUUGGAAAGAGCAAAAAAACUUCAGGAACAACGGGAAAAAGAAAUGGUUGAAAAACAGAAACAGCAAGAAAUUGCAGGAGUGGCAGCCGCAGGUGGUGGAUCUGUCAUCAAUGUGGCAGCUUUAUUGGCCUCAGGAACACAAGUUACUCCUCAGAUUGCAAUGGCAGCGCAGAUGGCCGCACUGCAAGCCAAGGCUCUAGCAGAAACCGGUAUCUCUGUUCCCAGCUAUUACAAUCCAACGGCUGUAAAUCCAAUGAGAUUUGCAGAACAAGAAAAAAAACGAAAAAUGCUUUGGCAAGGCAAAAAGGAAGGGGAUAAAUCUCAAACUGCAGAAAUUUGGGAGAAGCUAAAUUUUGGAAACAAGGACCAAAAUGUUAAAUUUAGGAAAUUAAUGGGCAUAAAGAAUGAAGAAGAGGCUGGUACCAGUAGAGCUGACCCCGAAAGUUUCAAAACCCUUAAGCAGCAAGAAGAAGUUUUUCGAAACCUUGAUGCACAGUAUGAAAUGGCAAGAUCGCAAACCCAUACGCAAAGGGGGAUGGGUCUGGGCUUCACAUCGUCAAUGCGAGGAAUGGAUACAGUGUGAAAACGGGAUGGGGAGUUUUAAAACAGUCUUUACCACUCUGGACUUGUCAAUAAUUCAUGUUCUUGUAUUUAAAAAGCUGGACUUCUAGCUUGCAUGGAUGUUGCAUUGACUUUAACUUAUUGAAAGAACAUUCAUUUUGUAAAUAUAUCCGUGAUUCUGGUGUUAGUGGCGAUUAUAUCAGUUUUCAUUACAGUUAAAAUGUCAAUAGGAAACUUAUUUUAGUUUAGAACUUUCUACUUAACACAAAUGUCAAAUAGAAGGAGAUACCAAGGUGUGUUCGUUGAGUUGUGUGUCCUGUCAUACUUGUUUAAACAGGUUUAAUGUCAUCUCUAAAGAACUUUUGGAAUGUCACAUAAAAGAAAGUGAUCCAGAACAUGCCCGGAUGUUAAUAAAAUUUGUUUAUUCUGUUUAUUAGUGUUUUAGAUACGUGUAUAUUCUGGAAUUAUUAAUUUUUCUUUUUAAACUCAUGUGAAAGUCAUCUUAAGAACUGACAUCUUAAUGAAACCUGAAAGCCCAAACUCCAGGGGUUUAUGGUUAGCUUUAGUGUAUUAUCUGUUACUAGAGAAAUGGUAACAUGUUUCUUCAAAGAAGCUGCAAGACAGAAGCAAAGAUUUCCAUAUCAUUUUGAUAUACCAAGAAAGAUUUUAUAGCCUCAUUUCUGUACAUAGGUUUGUUUUGCCGCGGCAAAUUCUCAGUUAACCAUAUUUGGUUAGCUUUUGCUACUUUAUUACAUAUUGUAAAUUGUUGUUGCAAACACAUUCUAUUGCUGAUGGUGUGAAUAUAUAACUCCAUGCUCAUAGAGUUCUGUACAAUAAAACAAUACAUUGCUCAUUCUAUACAAA